CAAGGUGAUGUGCUUCCACCCGCGCUCCGACCUCACGCUGCCCCUCAUGGCGCUGGCCGAGAUCCGCGCCGUUGUGGACAAGUGGGUCGAGCUGGCCGAGGAGCUGGGGGCCACGUACCCCUGGGUGCAGAUCUUCGAGAACAAGGGAGCGAUGAUGGGCUGCUCCAACCCGCACCCCCACUGCCAGAUCUGGGCCAGCAGCUUCCUCCCGAAUGAGGCCCGCCUGGAAGACCGGACGCAGCGGGAAUACCGAAGGCAGCAUGGCGUGCCCAUGCUGCUGGAAUACGCCGAGCAGGAGGCUCGCAGGAAGGAGCGGCUCGUGGUGGAGAACGCCGACUGGCUGGUGGUGGUGCCCUACUGGGCCACGUGGCCCUUCCAGACGCUGCUGCUGCCGCGCCGCCACGUGUGCCGCCUGCAGGAGCUGCGCCAGCACGAGAGGGACAGCCUGGCCUCCAUCAUGAAGAAACUUCUCAUCAAGUAUGACAACCUCUUUGAGGUCUCCUUCCCCUACUCCAUGGGCUGGCACGGAGCCCCCACGGGCCCCCACCUGCAGGAGGACUGCGGGCACUGGCAGCUCCAUGCCCACUACUACCCACCGCUGCUCCGCUCCGCCACCGUCCGCAAGUUCAUGGUGGGCUACGAGAUGCUGGCGCAGGCGCAGAGGGACCUCACGCCGGAGCAGGCUGCCGAGCGCCUCAGGAGCCUGCCCGACGUGCACUACAAAGAGCGGCCCGAGGAGGCGUCGUGACACGGUGCCCUUGGCUUUGCACAGAGGUGCCAGGGAGAGGAGUCACCGCGUUUGUCACCCCUCUCCUGUCCUUGCCAUGGCUCCUUCUCCUGAGCCUUGUCGCAGCUGGGCCUGCCUUUGGGCCAGGUUUGCCUGCCGGAGCACAAGUAACCCGAGCUCUAAUGCUGCUGUGUCCAUGUGCAGGUGAUACCAUUCCUGCUGCCUCCUUCCUCAUCCUCCUCCUGCCUCCGGAGUGCUGUUACCGGCACGAAAGGCCUUACCCUCCUCCCAAACCAGUCCCUUAGUGGCGCAGCCGGCAGUGAUGCCGGUGGGUUUGCCUGCCCCA